CAGCUUUCCUCAUAAAUCUAAUCAAAAUAAUGUUUUGGUGAUUCUUUUUUUUUUUUUUAUAUAAAAUAUCAUGAUUCUUUCUAAAUAUCAACAGUUUAUUGUAACCAGCAUGGUUUUCUUUAAAUUCAUUCUAUUUUUAAAUGUCCUACACUCUUAUUUGACAGUACUGUGUUUUAAUAGUGGUGUGUGGUGCUUUUAUCCGCACCUGCAGCUUUAGUUAAGUUGAUGAUUAAAGCACUUGACAAAUAACAGCUACUGUAUUUAUUUAUUCAUUCAUUUUGGUAUUUGUUACUUUAGCCUUCAUUGAUACAGGUAUCUGAGAACCAUCUCUUGCGCACAGUAGGCCCUGUCAGGAGAGGAAACGGGUGGAGUUUCCCCCACUUGGUCAUUUACAAUGGAGAUGGUAUAGCAACGCUGUUUUAGCAUAUUUCUGAUGUUAGUCCGGUUUGCUUUGAGAACGGCUUUGCAUUACAUUUGUCGCGAUUGUAAAAGCGAGGUGCGCGCAUACACAAAGCGCACCGUGCAGCUGAGCCGUUUCCGACUGUGAUUCUAAUGCUGAUGGCCUCGUUAAGGCGACUACUACAUCUUUUCUUAGCUGGCUGCGGGAACCCCUACCAUGGCCAUUUUCAUGGUCAAACCACCCACGGGCAUCCAGAGGUGGCAAACUAAACGAAACAACAGGGGGUUCCGAGUGAGAAAGCCUUGAUUUCUUAUCACGUGUUGGGCGUGGUGUUAAAAUUCUCAAGAGCUUUCCACGUCCCACCGCCACCCAGACUCUGCUGCUGUAAGAUUUGUAAUAUGAAAUUUAAAUUUUGUUUGUUUUUCAUAGCCCAAGACAGUUACAGGACAAUGCAGUUUGUAUGCCAUGUAUAAACCACAUAGUCAAAGAUUUCGAUAAAGGGGACCACAAAGUAAAAAACAACAAAACAAAAAAAGAAGCUAGUAAUAUGUAUUAGUGUGAUUUAUUUAUUUAUUUUUUUUUUUAAUCUCUAUGCAGUUUUACUUGUUGACUCCGAUUCCGGCCAUUGGGCAACUAAAAUAAAACGUGUAAUAAACAUACUGCCACCGUGUUGUUUUUAUGUAUGAAUAGGCCUUGCGCACAUCAGGACCACGCGAACCCCCUCCCCAUCUGUUUGCUUGCGGUGGCUCCCCGCCGUGAGGGGCUACUCUGAUAGGUCCAGAGGGUUAAUGGGACUGGCCUACAGGGCAGCAGCUUCCCAGGAUAUAAAGCCACAGCUCUCGUCACUAUCGCACGAGAAAUAUCAAUAGAUGCGCUUUUACGCACAGACAAGGGGCCUGUUGGUUUUUACGCACGGCAAACCAUUAAGGCCUCUUUGGCACAGUUGCGUUUUUAACGCGUUUGUGAGAUAUCUAAGUGUGACCAUGACACUCUCAAGUGAAUUUGAAGCUGCACAACAUGCCGGAUUGCCAAUACAAGAGGAUGAGAUUGACAUAGUGGGCGAGGACGUCCACUAUCGCAAUGAGUGCUCUACGGACCCCGGUUCCUCAGCCGAAUCUGGUGCGGAAUUUGAUUCUUCAGAACCAGAGUCGUCGGGAGAAAGCGAGAAUAGUUUCUGCGCAGACGCACCGCCGUCCAGGAAAGCCCAGAACAGCUCGGUAAAGCCCCCGUACUCCUACAUUGCUCUCAUCACCAUGGCUAUCCUCCAGAGCCCUCUGAAGAAGCUGACGCUGAGUGGCAUAUGUGACUUUAUCAGCAACAAGUUUCCCUACUACAGAGACAAGUUUCCCGCUUGGCAGAACUCGAUCAGGCAUAACCUUUCCCUCAACGACUGUUUCAUCAAGAUUCCGAGAGAGCCUGGAAACCCGGGCAAAGGCAACUACUGGUCUCUGGACCCUGCCUCAGAGGACAUGUUCGACAACGGCAGUUUCCUUCGUCGGAGGAAGCGGUUCAAGAGAAACCAGCCCGAGUUCGGCAAAGACGGGCUGAUGUUUUAUUCCAGCUUGAACUGCUACCGGCCGUACGGGCAGCCAUAUAGCAUAACGGGCCAGGUAAGCCCCACAGCUGCCACUUCUGUUCGGUACAUGCCCUUGCAGGAAAGCAUCAUAAUACCUCCCUCUUCCUACCACCUCCUCCCACAAACACUUAACACUCACGGGAAGUGUGUUGGGCCUAAACACUUAAGAGCGCAGCUUUGCGCAACAGAACCCACUGAGCCUAAGCCCGGCCCGCAGGCAAAGUGCUCCUUCAGCAUCGACAGCAUCAUGAGCAGACCCUCUUUUAUCAGUCAACACAACCCAAAUCCACAGCAAAGCCCGCACGGUGCUCUUGAUUACGGUCAUCUCGCGCCGGGCCCUGCAGCCUGUUUGGUUCCGACGCUCCUCCAGCCUUCAAGGAAUCAGUUCUGCCCUCCUCCUAUCCUGAGCACUGUUCCUUUUAUAAAUGAGCAUCUCAGACUGUCCUACCCUCGUUGCUGAACCCUUUUGUUAUGAAGAAACUUUACAGUGUCUGUAUGUUUGACAUUAAGAUGCAU